AUGUAUGGAAUAAUGCCCCUAGAGGAAUAUGUUGCUAAUUAUGAUUCAAUACUCGAGAAUAAACCUUUUAAAUUCGGGAAUAUGAAGGGUAAAGUUUUGAAUAAAUCAAGGUUUUUCAACGAUCAUUCGGAUUAUGAGGUCUUAUUAAGGGAGAAUAUACCAGAGAAAUAUCAAUCUUACUUUGAAUCGCCCGUGAAUUCCCCUACGAGUUUGAAGAAAACUAAUUCGGACGAGCUAGAUAUCGAGAUUGGUAGAUCUUCUAACAAUUGGAAUCUGAGCCCAAUUAAAACCAAUCAAGAGAACGGUGUGAAAGACACUGAAGUUUUAUUCAAAAAGUCGACAAAGAAUCAUACCAAUGACGUCAAUUUGCUGAAAGGUAAGCAAAAUUCAAAUGUAUCAACCACUGAUUAUUCUCUAGAUUUGGGUGAUUUAAAUCUUAAAAAAAAGGGACGAAGCAGCAAAGUUGCAGAUAUAGAUAUAGACUUUACUGUUGAUAAUAUAGAUCAUUUAGAGGGACAGCAUUUUAAGAAACUCAGUAGGCAUAGUCUUGAAGAUAAUGAAGGUAAAAAAUUAAAUUCCAUGAUUCAGACAUUGGUGACGAAUCUAAAAGAUGUUAAAUCUGAAAAUGUUAAUCUGCGAAAGAAUGUUGAUGACUUGAAUGCUAUAGUAAAAGAUUUAAAUGCCUUGGUUGGAAACUACAAAGAUAAAUUGAGAAAUUAUCACAGAGAAAAUAAACUUCUAAAACUAAAGCUAAAGAACACUCUUAAAGCACAGAACGAAAAAAGUAUAGUGUAUGAAAAAGAAUACCUACCGGUGAUAGAUAAACCUGAUAGUGCAGAUAAAGAUGAAAAUAUUGACAUCGAUGAAAUUGAUGAAAAAAUCCGUGAACUAAUGUCAAGGAGAGAAUCUUUGCAAAAGCAAUCGCAAGCUCAUACGCCAAAUCUAGAGGGAUUAUCUGAUGAAAUAGUUAACAAGUUAUUAUCGCAAUUGAAGGAGCAUAGUAAACAUGAUAGUAGGCCUGAGCUUGUUGAAAAAGCUAAGAAUAAUGAAAACUGUCCACGUGACCACUCACAUGAUAGUACGCAUGACGAACUACGUGAUGAUCAGCAUGGUGUCCAUCGUGAUUGUCCCUUCUGUGAGGAUUCGGCGAAGAAAGCAUCGAUCCCAACAUUCUUAUUAAACUCGAAAAAUUCAGAUCUAUCUCAGGAAGAGAUCAUUGAAUUAUUGGCUGAAAGGUUGAGAGUAAAGAUGAAUAUUGAUGCAAGCAAAAGUGUUCCAGAUAUUUGGUAG